ACAGUUGACAGAUUUUAGAUUGUAGUAGACUUUGGACUUGAUAAAUAUUGCAAUAAAACGCGAUUUUUACGCAAUAAAAAACCUUUUACCUAUCAUAAUGAUACAUUUUUGAAAGAAAAUAAUAUAUUCCAUUGGUAACUAGACAGUUUUUAUUUAUAAAACCAUGUAUAAGCCAGCAGUGACCGUUCGUAGGAUCGAUGUUUUGAUACGUAUUUUGAGCGGCAGAAAAACGAUAGUUUCCUCAAACUGCGUCCGUGGCUACUCCAGUGAGGGGAAAGUGACCAUCGGGGACGUGACCAAGGAAAUAGAGACACCUUCGAAUGUUGAAUAUGUCCCCAGAAAAUACUUGAAAAUAAACGAUGGGGAGCUUAAAAAUCUGUCGCAAAGUACACUAAGAAAUUUACGCUGGAUGAUGCAGAAAGAUUCUCUCGGCCAAGAUAUGUUCCUUCUUGGAAGACCAGGACCACACAGGAGACAAGUAGCAAUGCAAUACUUGGAGUUGACAAAGAGAGAGAUAGAGUAUGUGGCCCUCACCCGAGACACAACUGAAUCUGACUUGAAGCAGCGGAGAGAGAUCCAGGACUCCACCGCAAAAUACUUUGAUCAGAGUGCAGUGAGAGCAGCAGUAGAGGGCCGAGUCCUCGUUCUCGAAGGCAUAGAGAAGGCAGAGCGGAAUGUGUUGCCAGUGCUAAAUAACUUAUUAGAAAACAGGGAAAUGCACCUGGAAGAUGGAAGGUUCUUGGUGCCUGCUGAGAGAUACGACAAGUUGUUGAAGGAGCACGGCGAAGAAGAGUUACAAAAAUGGCGUCUCGUUCGCGUUGAUGAAAACUUCCGUGUGAUAGCGCUGGGGCUGCCUGUGCCUCGGUACAGCGGACAGCCGCUGGACCCGCCGCUGCGCUCACGCUUCCAGGCCAGAGAUGUCACUAGCAUCGCCUUCGGGGAAUGCCUGUCCACCCUCUCCGCGUUGUCCCCGGGAGCGCCCCCGGCCCGCCUGGAGCAGCUGGUGGCGGUGGCGUACGCCCUGACCUCCCCCGAGCUGCAGCAGGUCAGCCUGCCCGACUUCCCCUUGGAGAAUCUGCAAGCGGCUGCUGGGAUACUGGAACGCAUACCCGACAUCCCAACCCACAAGCUAGCCUACCUCCUCUACCCAUACAACACAUUCCUAACCAAAGAACUAGUGCGAAACGUGGACGCCGUUCUACACAACUUGAAAGUUAACACUAAACCGAAAUGUCACAUGUCCCUAGCGGGUAUCAAGUACGAGGGAGAAAAAGCCCUAGUGACUAUGGAUGUAAAUGGGCAGAAGAGUGAGUUUCCUGUCGCCACUGGGGAUAGGAAGCCGGGAGGGUUUGCGCAGAAGGUGGUAAAAACGGCGUACCAGAGUGAGCUGCUGAAUGAGCUGCUGAUCAGUCAUAGUGUUGCUGACUUUUGUGUUGUGGGACCAAAAGGCUGCGGCAAGAGCCUGCUAAUCUCGCAACUAGCCUCCCUCCUCGGCUACACAAUCGAGCCAAUAGUCGUGUACCAAGACAUGACGGGGCGGGAGUUGACUCAGCAGAGGAGCACUUUAGACAACGGGGACACAGUCUGGAGGAACAGUGCGUUAGUGGAAGCGGCCCUGCAUGGAAGGAUGGCGGUGCUGGAUGGGCUGCAUAGACUGCACGCGUCUACUAUUGCGCAGCUGCAUAGACUAGUCCACGACAGGGAGCUCCAACUCCACGACGGCACCCGUCUGCUUCGUCACGACCGAUACGAUGAACUCGUAGCCAGCGGGAUCUCAGAACAACGACUAGAAGAGAGCGGCGUCAAGAGAAUACAUCCCGCUUUCAGGAUAGUGGCGCUAGCAGAGCCGCCUACAUUUGGCGGUCGCGGGCUGCAGUGGCUGUCCCCUGAGAUACUCAGCCUCUUCGUCUUCCACGAGAUGAGGAACCUGAGCAAGGAGGAGGAGAUCUUCAUUAUUAAUGGAUUGUACGGAGACAUAUCAGCGCCUCUGCACUCCAUCAUCAACCUGGCAGACGAGCUACGCAGCUCUGAAGACGCCACCCUGAAGAACCUCUCAUCUUCUCUCUCCACCAGACAACUACUCCGUAUCGCCAGCAGAAUGUCCAAGUACCCCGCAGACUCUGCCUACGAAACCGUCCAAAGGACUUUCCUGGCCAAAUUCCUACCCAAUUUGGCACGAAGAGCUCUUGACGGCGCCAGCAAAAGACUAAAAAUCGAACCGCCCACUCGCUUCGGUAUCUUCGGAGGAAAACCUACCGAAGCAAAGAUCGCAUGCUCCACCCAAAAUGGCGUCCUAACCAUAGGCAAUACCAGCACCGAAGUAUACAAAACCGACGCGCUAACCAAAGUACCUGACAUCCUAUUUUACGAUGUCCCUCAACACAUGAGACUGCUAGAAUGGUUAUUACAAGACUUCCUUCUUGGAAACCAUUUGCUUCUCGUCGGCAACCAAGGGGUAGGGAAGAAUAAAAUCGCCGAUAGAUUACUACAACUGUUAAACCGACCUAGAGAGUAUAUUCAGUUGCACAGAGACACGACCGUCCAAUCUUUGACCGUCCAACCGACAGUACAAGACGGCAUUGUUGUCUAUGAAGAUUCGCCUUUAGUUAAAGCUGUCAAACACGGGCACGUAUUAGUCGUAGACGAAGCGGAUAAAGCACCAACACACGUCACGUGUAUCCUCAAGACGUUGGUAGAGAAUGGGGAGAUGAUUCUCAGUGAUGGGAGGAGGAUUGUUCCGAAGAAUCUUCUGGAAAGUUCCGCGGGGGAUGUGUCUACGUUCAUUCCCGUGCACGAUGACUUCAGAAUGAUUGUGUUGGCAAACAGACCUGGCUUCCCGUUCUUGGGGAAUGACUUCUUUGCGUCUUUAGGCGACCUGUUCUCCUGCCACGCAGUAGACAACCCCUCAGUGCAGAGUGAGAUGGCGCUAGUCCGCUCGUACGGGCCCGACGUCCCUCACAAUACACUGGAGAAGCUUGUGAAUACCUUCGCGACACUGAGAGACAUGGCGGAUGGAGGGAGACUGGCGUACCCGUAUUCUACGAGGGAGCUAGUUAAUAUUGUCACGCAUUUACAGAAAUUCCCCCACGAAGACCUAGCGUCAGCAAUAAGCAACGUGUUCGACUUCGACCGCUACAGCAAAGACGUACAAGACACACUGCUCGAGGUGCUACACACUAACGGCCUGCCCACUGAAGGGGUGUUGGAGGGACGGUCUGAGGAAGCGCUGAAGAGGCUGCAACUCACUGUUGAGAGCAAAAGUGGUAAAGACGUGUCAUCCCCCAAACACGGCAAGGAGGACCCCAAGAACGAGCCUCACGUGGGCGGAAACACUUGGGCGGGCGGCACGGGCGGGCGGGACACGGCCGGGCUGGGCGGGAAGGGCGGCCCCUACCGACUGGACAAGGGACAUGAUGUGCAUCAGCUUUCAGACGCUGAGAAAGAUGACAUUCCAGAGCACGUGAAGAAGGCGGCUCGAGACAUGAACCGGAAGGCUUUCGAGGAACGCCUGAAGGAGAUCAACAUGAGCGAGUACGACGCCAAACUGUACGAGCAGUUCUACAAGGCUGUGCAGCCACAGAUCGCAGCGCUCCGCGGCGUGUUGGCGGAACUACAAGCCAAGAAGAAAGAGCGGCAAUGGAGCAGGAACCAGACUAGCGGGGAACUGGACGAUGGCAAGAUUAUUGAAGGUCUAACAGGCGAGCACAACAUCUACCGGCGGCGCACGGAGCAGGAGCCGCCGCCCGGCUCGCCGCUAGACAAGCCCAAACGACUCAGACUGGUCGUGGAUGUGUCUGGGAGCAUGUACAGGUUCAACUCGUAUGACGGUCGUCUCGAGCGCUCGAUGGAAGCGGCCGUGCUGCUGAUGGAAGCGCUGCAGGGCUACUCUUCACGAUUACGAUACGACAUCUCCGGUCACUCGGGCGAGGAGUCGGCCCUGGAGCUGGUGCGAGUGGACCGCGAGCCGCGCGACGAGCGGGAGAGGCUGCAGGUGAUCCGCACGAUGCACGCGCACGCGCAGUUCUGCUGGUCGGGGGACAACACGCUGGCGGGAACCAAACACGCUAUAGACGAGCUGGCGAAAGAAGAUGCGGAUGACUCGCUGGUGCUGGUACUGUCUGACGCUAAUUUGAGAAGAUACGGCAUACCUCCUGAAGCGCUGGGCACAAUCCUCACGUCCAACCCGAAGGUGCAGGCCCAUGUCAUCUUCAUUGGAGGCCUCGGAGAUGAAGCUAACGAAAUGCUCCGUCGCCUGCCGGUGGGCCACGCGCACGUGUGCAUGGACGUGGCCGAGCUGCCGCGCAUCAUGCAGCAGAUCUUCACCUCCUCGCUCAUGGCGGAAACUGACGCGUAACAGAUAGUUCCAGACAUUGCCGCUAGAUGGCGCUAAAUAACAUUUUAGAAUAGUACGAAGACACUCCAACAGAUAGUUCAAGUUGUUUGCGCUAGAUGGCGCUGAAACCAUUUUAUUAUAGCUCUGCGAGAAUAACACAAAGACGCCCUAACAUAUAUUUCUAGCAACCUGCGCUAAAUAGCGCUAAACCAUUUUGUUACAGCUCUUAAAGAAUAGCUAAAAAUAACAAAAAACAAAUUAAGUCUUAUUCUAAUGAUACGUAGGCGCUACCGUGACUUAUUCCGCAGUUUAUACUAGUAGACAGCUCCAUCUAUCGGUGGUAAUAUGCCGGUAAGAAUGCUCCGUCGCCUGCCGGUGGGCCACGCGCACGUGUGCAUGGACGUGGCCGAGCUGCCGCGCAUCAUGCAGCAGAUCUUCACCUCCUCGCUCAUGGCAGAGAAUAACUCGUAAAGUGAACCACGAUGGUUUGUGCGCCGCUUCAUCAGAUAGUUCAAGUCGCUUGCGCUAGAUGACGCUAAAACCAUUUUUCGUUGCUCUUGAAAUAAAACAGAAUGGAAACUAAACUUAUGAUGAUGCGGAAACGUUUAUCUGAUAGCGGUAAGAAUAAAUGUUGAUAAGAAAUUAGGAAAAUAUACAUUUCAAUUUCGAGAUAGAUAGAUAAUUAAACACAUUAUUUUUUGAGUAUUUUCAAUACGGUUUUUAAUAAUGUGAAUAUAAUAUAAUAUGUAUAAUUUAUAUACGAAUUAUUAGCUACUGCCUCUAAACAAUAGCCUGUGAUUUGUAUAAAUGAGAUUGUUACCUGUUGUAUUAUUAUUUUUAUACAUUUUAUACAUUACAAAUAGCGUUGUAAAUAAUUGUUAUGUUGUUAAUAAAUGGGACCUAUUAAAUAAACUAA